AUGAAACACUUUCAUUCAUCAGCAAAAUCUGAUAACGAAGAAUUUUUAUCUGUAAUUAAAUAUUUAAUUGAAAAGGGAAAUGGAAAUACGACUGUCUAUCAAUGGCGAACUGGUGGACAUAUUCCUGUUAGUAUUGAACGAUUACCAUUAAAUUAUAAAUUCGCUGAAACAACAGAAGUUACGGAAGACGAACCAAAUAUUAUUCUUGGAUUAGAUGAUGAUUCAACAACAUCAAUUGAAGGUAUCGAAGUCA